AUGCAUACAUGGCCAAAGAAAGGCUCAAAGAAAUAUAGUAUGGCUAUCUGUCCCCAUGUCAAGGAGGCUUGUCCAUGCUGUGGUCUACCGGCGGAACAAGAUACCAUCAUCAUAGCUGUAGAUGGAGCUUGCAGAGACAACGGCAAAGCUACAGCACAAGGCGCAUAUGGUGUAUUCAUCAACGAGCUCUCGAGAUACAACAAGUCUGAGCGUCUUCCCCAAAGUCCAGGACCACACACGAAUCAAAUUGCGGAGCUCUGGGCCGGAUAUUAUGGUAUCUACACAGCAGUACAAUUUGCACUAUCCGAGAAUUUGAGAGAGAAAAUCAAGAAGAUGAAGGAAUAGCAGGGAUUAGAGGAUGAGGAGCAUGGACAUGUUGGAGAAAAGAAGGGGAAAUUUCUCAUAGCCAUUAUUAAAACUGAUUCUGCAUAUCUGGCGAUGGCGAUGACGAGUUGGAUUGCAAAGUGGAAGUCGAACGGAUGGAAGACUAGCAAAGGAGCUCGAGUAGCGAACAGAGAGCUAUUUGAGAAGGUGCAAGAAGCAGUUGAUUAUGCCAACAGUAAGGGGAUUGAGGUUCAGUUUUGGCAUGUGGGCCGAGAGUACAACCGAGAUGCGGACGAGCUAGCUAAUAUGGCGCUUGACGACGACGACGACAUUUAG